UACGAAAUCAUUCAUACUACGGUUAUAUUGUAUUGCGAUAAUUCAAAUUUUUGAAAUUAGGUAAAUAUAGAUAAGAAAUCCAGUGCCCUCUUUUACCGAUACAUAAAACUGUUAUCAGUAGCCUAUCACUUUUUGUUUUUUUAAUAAAGCUAACAAAGAACUAGAAAUCAUAAUAAAAAUAUAGGAUCAUUUUAAUACUACCUAGAUAAGAAUUUUAUUUCACAAUUAUUUUUCAAUUUUACCAAUAAAACAAUAUUGCAUUUAUCGUAGCCGGCUGUAAAUACACAUAUGCAAAUUAAUUACAAUUCCUAAAGCAUGAGUGGCGGUACGAAGAAAGGAACUAUGAAAGUACACGUAUCACUUGACGACUUUUAUAAAGUGUGUUUUGCCAAUAUUUAAAAGAGCCAUAAAAUUAAAAUGAUAUCGCUGGGUCUUUUACUUCUUUAUGCUAUUGUAUUUGCAAUAAUAUGUGUAAUUUUGUUUGUGAUGGUACUGUAUGUGAUAACAGAACCAUAUCCGAAAAUAUGGCGACAUGAAAAAGAAAAAUAUUUUUUCAAUCCAAAAACGGGAACAAGAGAAGCUUUUCCUUCUUUAUAUGAUAAUUGGAAUAUACAUCUAAGUGUAAUAGUACCUGCAUACAAUGAAGAAACAAGAUUGCCUCUAAUGUUAGAUGAAUGUUUGGAAUAUUUAAAUCGUCGAUUGAAAAAUGGAUGUACUUAUGAAAUAAUUAUAGUUAGUGAUGGAAGCACAGAUAACACUGUGAAGAUUGCACACAAAUAUGCAUUAAAACAUGAAAACAUUAGAGUACUAGAACUUGUUAAAAAUAGAGGAAAAGGUGGUGCAGUAAGACUAGGUAUAUUAAGUGCAAGAGGUAGUGCAAUACUAUUUGCAGAUGCAGAUGGUGCUACCAAGUUUGAAGAUUUGGAAAAGUUAGACGAAAGUUUGAGAAGUAUUUUAGGAUUUGAUUAUAUGAAUAAACCAGAUGAAGUGAGUUCUUCUCAUGCAGUUGUAUGUGGGUCUAGAGCUCAUUUGGAAAAAGAAGAAACUGCCAAAAGAACCUUUUUCCGAUUGCUGUUAAUGCAUGGAUUUCAUUUCUUAGUAUGGUUUUGGGGUGUCAGAGGUAUCAGAGAUACACAAUGUGGUUUCAAGCUUAUAACAAGAGAAUCUGCAAGAACUAUAUUUCAAGCCCUGCAUGUUGAAAGAUGGGCAUUUGAUGUAGAAAUAUUAUAUAUUGCAAGAGUUCUAGACAUUCCUAUUACUGAAAUUCCUGUUCAUUGGACAGAAAUAGAAGGAUCUAAGAUAGUACCAUUCUGGAGUUGGUUACAGAUGGGUAGAGAUCUAUUUUUUAUUUGGUGCAAGUAUAGAAUUGGUGCAUGGAGAAUAAAAAGAUCCAAGAAAACAUAACAUAGAUGCAUACACAAGUAUCUAUGAAAAAUAACAAUAUUCUAUUUAUAGAAAUUAAAGAAACAUCUAUCAUAUUUGAUGUGAUAAUCAUGAUAUACUUUUCCUUUGUAAGGAAAGUUUAUGAAUCUACAGUGUUGUAAUAAAUUCGAUUUUAUUCAACGAUUACACGUUAAAAGUAUAAUAAAUUAUUAUACAUGCAAUACAACCUUUUAAAAUUAUUAUUUUAGACUAAGCUUUGCAGAUGUUACCUAUUGUUACAUUCAAUCUUUUCUUUAUACAAGUACUGUAAUAUGUAACAAUUACCACGUAUAAAUAUUUUAUAAUUAAAAAUAA